UGCUAGCUAGUCUUGCAUUGGCGGCCACAAAUUAACCCACACGAACACAGAAGAGAGGGGGGAAGCCAUGGAGGCCACGGUGCUGAGCGUGGGAAAGUCUGCGGUGAAUGGAGCGAUUAGCUACGCCAAAUCCGCUGUGGCGGAGGAGGUGGCCUUGCAGCUGGGUGUCCGGCGGGACCAGACCUUCAUCACAGAGGAGCUUGAGAUGAUGCAGGCCUUUCUUAUGGCCGCGCAUGGAGAGCCAGAUGACAACAGAGUUACCAAAAUCUGGGUGAAGCAAGUCCGCGACGUGUCUUACGACGUUGAAGACUGCCUUCAAGAUUUCGCAGGUCGUUUAGGAAAGCCAACAUGGUGGCCGUGGCACAUCCCUCGCAAGUUGCGAGUCCGGCACCGUUUAGGCAAGCAGAUGAAGGAGUUGAGAGCAAGGGUUGAGGAUGUAAGCCAGAGAAACCUGCGCUACAACCUCAUCAAGGGCUCUGACUCCAAGCCUACCUUCAACUGUGAGCAGGUUGGCAGUGGCACCAAUAGUACAAGGAUGUCUCACACCGAUGAAGCAAACUGGCAGAGAGACAAAGCAAAAAGGGAUCUCAUUCGAUUGAUCGAUGACAAGGCUGAUUGCCUUAGAGUUGUCGCGGUGUGGGCAAAUAAUGAUGAUUCCGGGGAGACGUCCAUCCUCAGAAGGGCCUACCAAGACCUGAAGAAACACAACAAGUUUGACUGCUGCGCCUGGAUCAAGUUGAAGGGUCCAUUCAAUCCAACAAAGUUUCUGCUGAGCAUUGUGAGGCAAUUUUAUGCCAAUUAUCUUCAAGGUGCCAGGGAAAGAAAACAUGCAAUUACAGAGGGCAAAGUUCUGAGGAAGAUGGGAAUGAUGAAGGAAACUUGUUUGGCUGAUGAGUUCAAGAAAUAUAUAAAUGAGAGAAAUUGCCUAAUUGUACUUGAUGAUUUAUCCAACACUGAAGAGUGGAAUCACAUUAGGACAUACUUUGCAAACAAUAAAGGAAGCCGGAUUAUAGUAUCCACACAGAAAAUUGAAGUGGCAAGUUUAUGCGUAGGGCCAGAGGAUGUAGCACCAGAGCACAAGGAAUUGUGUGUUGAUAAUAGUAUUCUUUAUGCUUUCUAUGAAAAGGGUUGUCAAGAUGGAAUAUAUUCAAUGGAAGCAGGAUCCAGUUCCAAUGCAUUUGGUAGUAACAGCUCUGCAGAGAUCAAGACCAUCACUCGCACAGAGACGAAGGUGUCUGUUUUUAAGGAAUCUCAGCUCAUUGGAAGAAAUAAAGAAAAGGCUGAUAUCAUCAAACUAAUUACCAAUGAAGAUAAGCAACAACUUGAGGUGAUCUCUGUGUUUGGAAUGGGUGGCCUUGGGAAAACUGCACUUGUAAGAGAUGUCUACCAAAGCGAAGAGCUCAUAGGCAAGUUUGACAAGCGUGCAUGUGUCACACUCAUGCGUCCUUUCAAUCCUGAUGAUCUCCUCCAGAGCUUGGAUGUGCAAAUACAUGAAAACGAAUCUGAAAAAAAGGGAGAAGGUGCAGAAGUUCCUGAAAAUAAGGGAGAAGGUGCAGAAGUUCCUGAAAAGGAAGGAGGUGUAAAAAAGGGCAAACAGCCGUUGCAUGAUUUGAAAGGAAAGAAGUACCUGAUUGUGCUUGAUGAUAUAUUGUCCUCUACAGAAUGGGAUGCUAUAAAGCAACAUUUUCCAGCAACAGAAACAGCAAGCAGAAUAAUAGUCACCACAAGGGUAAAGAAAAUUGCUAAGCAUUGUUCAGAAAAACAACAUAACAUGUACAAACUUGAAAGUCUGCAACCCAAGUAUGCACGUGGCCUCUUCAUGGAAAAGGUAUUUGGCAGGGAUACAGAUUUGGAUGAGCAAUACCCUGAGUUGCUUGAGCAAGCCGAUCUGAUCCUAAAGAAGUGCAGUGGACUUCCCCUUGCAAUAGUUACCAUAGGUGGGUUCUUGGCAAACCAACCAAAAGUCGCACUAGAGUGGAUGAAACUGAAUAGGCAUAUUAGUGCUGAGUUGGAGAUGAAUCCAGAGCUUGAGACAAUAAUAAUAGUCCUUAAUAAAAGUUAUGAUGGUUUACCCUAUCAUUUGAAGGUUUGUUUCUUGUAUCUGUCUAUCUUUCCUGAAGACCACAAGGCAAGUCGGAGACGUUUGGUGCGUCGAUGGACAGCAGAGGGUUACUCAAGGGAGUUCCGUGGCAAGUCCGCAGAGGAAAUAGCAGAUAACUACUUCAUGGACCUCAUAAGCAGGAGCAUGAUUCUGCCGUUCCAACAGUCGAUUCACAAUAGGAAAGGAGUUGACUCCUGCCAAGUUCAUGAUCUCAUCCGAGAAAUUAGCAUCUCAAAUUCCACAGAAGAAAAACUUGUUUUCAGAUUGGAGGAAGGUUGCAGCUUAAACAACCAGGGCACAAUCCGCCACCUUGCUAUAAACAGCAACUGGGAGGGAGAUGAGAGUGAAUUUGAGAACAUAGUGGACUUAUCCCGAGUACGUUCGGUAACAGUUUUUGGACAAUGGAGAACGUUUUUCAUUUCUGAUAAGAUGAGGUUGCUACGGGUGCUAGACAUGGAAGAUGCCUUUGGUGUAGUUGAUCAUCACCUUGAGCAUAUCGGGAAGCUUAUUCACCUGAAGUACCUCUCUCUAAGAGGAUGUGAUGGUAUUUCUCACCUGCCAGAUUCAGUGGGCAAUCUAAGACAGCUUGAGACACUAGAUAUCAGGGGUACAAGAAUAAUCAAGUUGCCAAAGAGCAUAAUCAAUCUUCAGAAGCUAAACUCUCUUCGUGCUGGUAGGAAACCGAUGGACGAGAAUGAUUUUAGGGGGGGUAUACCAGCGGCAUGUCUUUUGCCUGUUCUUUCGGUGAUGCUUUGCAUAUAUUGGUGUGCCCCUCAGGGUUCCAGUAUCGAUGGGAUGAACCGCUGUGACAUAUGCACUUUCUUUUGCCGCGGACUACUCCCAGUUGCUGCAAUGCACCUGGAUCGGUAUGGUGUUUUACUACCAAGAGGGAUGAAUAAAUUGAAAGCCCUACAUACAUUAGGUGUUGUGAACAUUGCACGGGGAAAAGUGAUGCUACAGGACAUAAGAAAGCUCAACAGGUUGCGCAAGUUGGGAGUUACUGGCAUCGACAAGAAAAACGGUGAAGAGUUCUGUUCAGCAAUUGCUAGUCUAGGCCACCUAGAGUCUUUGUCCAUACGGGCGGAGGGGGAGCAAGGUCUGUGUGAUUGUUUGGACGAGAUGUCCUCGCCACCAAAAAACAUGCAAAGUCUCAAGCUGUACGGCAACCUGCCCAAAUUGCCGGAAUGGAUUGCAGGGCUCAAAAAUCUCGUGAAGCUGAAGCUACGGAGCACUAGGAUACUGGACUGCAAAGCCGCCAUAGAAGCCCUUGGGAGAAUACCAAACCUGACCAUCCUGUGUUUGUGUAAUGAGGCGUUCAAGGGUGAAGAGGUCCGUGUCAAUUUUCAUCUGGAGGCAUUCUCGAGUCUGGUGGUGCUGGAGCUGGAAUCCCUCGGUAAGCUCAAAUCAGUGGAGUUUGAACAAGGAGCAACCCCUAAGCUUGAGCUGCUGCAGUUUUCUGGCACAUCUGACAUCAAGUUGUUUUCUGGCCUACCAGCUCUACCAAGCCUCAAGGAAGUUCAUCUUGGGUCUGACAAAGUUGGUGAUAGUUAUGUUGAUUAUGGUAAGGUCUUUGUGGAACACUUGCGGAUUGAGCUUGGCGAUAAUCCAAAUCGACCCAUUUUGAAGAGGCACUGAGCGGAGCUCCAGAUUGCAUCCACUGGAAGCUAGUAUUGGUGUCUCCCUGUUUGGCUCUUCCUGUUCGCAUGUCUGGAUUAUGUGUUCAUUUUAUUGAUUUCCUAGAUGGGGGUGAACCGUGUUCAAUGAACUGUACUAUGAAAACUGAUGGCCUACUACGGAAUUGAGUAGGGGCAUCCAGUCGGUAUCUAUCCAGAUGAGA